AUGCAACCUGCCCGAGUCAAACCGGUUGACGCUUUCGACAGGCGACCUCUCGAUAAGGGGCUCAUGCCUCCGAAUGUGGCUACGGAGCACCCCGACCUCUCACACCUUACGCCUGAGGAAAGGCGCAUUAUUGAGGACGUUAUGAGCAGACAACGGCAGGAGGAGCUGCAGAAUGAACAAACCGUUAAGUGAGUCAUGACGCUAAGUUAAUGAUUUUUUAAAAUAUUUUUUGGAUUCAUACCGAUCCUUGAAUUGGUAUCGUGGCCUUAUUUUUUAAAUGCUUCAGACAUGCAGCAAUUUACAUUAUGUGUAAUAGCCAGUUCUGAUUUCUAUCCUUGACGCCAGUUAAUGUUUUUUUUAAAAAAAACGCAUGAAGCACUUUCGACUGAAAGGCAAUUCCUUAUUUGCUAUUUUCGGAUAUGAAUCUAAGCCCUUGUUUGCGGAUUUGUUUUCGUUUCAGAUCAUCCGCCAACCACAUCAUUCUACCUCCCAUUUCUAGUCAGUUUUGUUUGUUUGCGAAAUCAUUUUUUAUUUCUGUUUUGAUAGACUUGAUUUCAAGUCCCAAACAUUUUGCCUGUUCCUCAUAUAAAUUUGGGGCAGAAACUAGAGCCCAAAUUUUCUCUCGAAUGUCAGUGUGCCAGCGUACUACGUCUGGAUGCGUAAGGUAUUAAAACUUUCGGGCGAUACAAAGUACAGCAUUUGUAAAAUUCUUUCCUUACACAACUGGCAAUUGACAAAAUUCUUAUCUUUGAGGACUGCUGCAGUUAAUCGACUUUAAGGGCCCAGGUCCUCACGCAAACGUGGAAAGGUGAAGGUUCAUCUGUUGAAAACUUAAUAUAGACAAUGUUUUUCUAGAGAUAUUACCGGCGUUUUGGUAUCAGAAGUGUCAGAGCAACUAGGGAAUAUUUACUCAAAAAUGCAUUUUUCGGUCUUAUGAUGUGCUAUAUAAGUUGUCGUUUGCUGGAGGAAAAACUAAUGUAUAUUGUCGAAGACUGCCUGACUGAAGCUUCACUAUGAACAUAAUAAACUUUACUAAUUUAUGAGCCAAACGAUAGCUCCGUAGAAGAAUAAUGUCCACUGGCAACACCGACGCAAAAAGCAAACCAGAAAACGUUUUUGUUGUGUUUGCAUACUGAAGACCUGCGGUUAGUCCUUUCCCUAAGAAAAACAGUACGCACAGGCAUGCCUCUCACAAACGAGGCUUACCAAUAAUGUAGGUGAAACAUAAGCGUCUUUGACAGAUCUUUAGGUACCGGGGUGUUUCUAUCCGAAUCCGCAUAUAGGGCAUACAAUACGUUUUCUGGGUCAUCCUCCAUUUUUGAUCAUUCUUUUGGGACGGAUAAGUUGUUAAGUCUUGUUUACAAAAAUAGCAUUUUGCAAAACGUUUAUAAAAAGGUUUCUCGUCUACCUGCAGCCAUAUGAACAGCUGCCACACUUCAUAUGCACUUGAGUCUAACGGAGUUCACGUUGUCGCACAAAGCCAGCAAUAUAAAAAGUACUUUCAUGUCAUAUGCAUCUAUCUAUACUCCUUACCAAGUUGCGUAAGGGAACUUUUUAUGGUAGAAUUUUCUUUGGUAGCCCGACCUGAAGUAAACAAACGGGGAACGCACAGACGACGAAGCCAAGUAGUUAUAUGCAGAAUAAAAGCUAGUGGGAAUUCGCGGUUGUACUUUUAAUGUUGGGAAAUAGUUGUGAUAACCCCUAACCCUAAACCAUGACCCCUAACCCUAACUUCCAACCUUAAAACCUAACCAUAACCCUUAACCCUAAUCCCAACAGUAUUGUGUCCAUGAGGUGGGGUUAUCAAACCACAUCUUACUUUCAAAGCUACAUGUUAUCCCUCAUUUUCAAAGGUAACGUAGCCAUUCAAUAUUUUCUAAUUCAUAACAGUGCCCUGAGCGUCCGCCUUUCGAUCAAAAUGUAAAGCGUUUUUACUGGAAAACGGACAUUCCAAAAGUUUGACGACGAGCUGGAGAACCAGUCUUAAACAUUUACGCAUUAAAGUAUAUUUUAUUCCCAAACAAUCCUACAUAUUUUCAAUAUAGCGUUUUGUAUUGUUAAGAGCAGGAGUCGUUGUUUUCGGUUUUAUGUUACUCCGGUUGGUCGAGGCUGUGUCUAUUUAUCAAGCAGAUAACAGACAGAGAAAACAUUAGUAAUUCCGUCACUCAAACAUGCCUGAUCAAGAGCCUUCGGAGAAGGGUACUAUCGAAUGUCACGUUAGUCAAUUAAAGUGCUCUCUAGGCUUUAAAUUGAUCGAAACCAUUGAAACGGAUCUGCCAGAACUUCCUUUAGUUCAGAUAUUGUCUUUUGGUGCGCACAUUUUUAUAUUACGUUUUUUUUAUUAAAAGCUUUGGUUUCUCUAAGUCAAGUGAGCUCUAGGGGUUCUAUGCAAGAAGUCAAGGUCGGGUGCACGGUCAUGUGAGUUGCCCAAUGAAAAAAAAUCAAUCAACGCAGAACUUUUUAAACUUGGUCUCUGUUCGAGCUGCCCGUAAUUAUUUUUAUUCCGGAGGUUUGCUGUUUUGUCAAUAUAACAAUUUUACCUGUAAAUUACAUCACGCUUAAUCGAAAUGAUUAUUAUUGCCUUUUAUGCAUUAAUGUCACCUGAAAUCUAAGUCCUCUUAAAUCCUGUGUGUGUACUCGCGCCUUAUUUCUGAAGGGUUUUGUUAGACUCACCAGGUAUCUAAAGCAGAAGUGAUGCAACCGGCCUAUUAUGUAACAACUAUGUAGUUAAUCUGGGUUCUGCCACUGACGAUCGGGAGCUGGAACCCCGGCCAGCCUCAAAAUUUAAAUUAAUCUAUGUUUGGAUUUAUGGUUUUUACGGCUACCUCAGGCGCCGUCCGGUGGCCGUCAUGCGAUUGGAGUCGGAGUGAAGUCAGGAUUUUGUUACGUCUUGAACCUUUUUGCAAUCUCACAUGUCUUCCGCACUUCUGUUCACAUCAAAGGCGGUCCAGUCAUUUAAAAUUUCCCACUUCCAAGCGGUGCUCUCUGUCCCUUGCGACACUGGAAUUUACGGCUGGGGUUGCACCAUUUGGGAGCAACUCAGAUAUCCACGCUGAUGGAAAAGGUUUAAGUUCGCAAGCCUAAAUAAUUUGCAAAAGUGGUCAAGAAACUUAUCAAAUUGGUGGGGCUUCGAUUUAUCCGACUAUCAUCAUGGACUAGCAAAGUUUUAUAUGCAUUUCUUUUGAAUGAUACUGUCCUCUCAAAGAAGGUCAGGCCUUAUUUCAAUCCUCAUAUGUUAUUCUCCUUCGCGCCCUCGGGUCCUGAAUAAAUUUUGACUUGUGUAGCGAUUCUGGCACAUUAGUUUUUUUCAAUCUGAUCCGACUGUCACGUUUAAGAUUUCGUCAGCCGAUCUAACCUAAUUUUAUGAAUAGUACGAUUUCCGAUUUCUGUUGAAAAUUUCUAGCAUUAUGUUUAGUUCUUCGUUCUAAACUGAUGAUCUGCUUGUGGAAAGCCAUUCAUGUCACUUGUGCUGUGUAAGGAGAGAUUCAGAGGUUCCAAUUUUAUGGUUCUUAAAGUUAGUUGACGCUGGUUUUCAACCCUUAUGGUCAGACGAUAUUGGCGAACAGUGUGCUUAAAUGACUUGUCCGCCGAUUUUAGGGGGUUUUGGUUUUUCGCGAGUUAAUUCGGUGCAAAUGAGUUCCAACAACUUCUAUUGAAUUGCAAUGGCACAAUUUGCAAGAGUGCAGUAAUGCUAGUACCUGUGGUAUUUAGCAUGGUGUUUAAACAUUGAUAAUGUUUCUUUCUCUUCCCCUGAUGGGAGCAUAUGAGUCCCAAAAUGUCCUCAGGGCGGAAUAUCCCCUUUUGAGUCAGGCGGAAAGAUGAAUAGUCCUGCCAGAUCAACCGUUAAAUCAGGUUUGACGUGUCUGUUACUCAUAGACAGAAAAUGCUGAUUUUUGUCGACCAAAUAAAACCAUGGGGUAGGUCUGCGGUAAUCUAAAUUAACAUGAGUGGUAUACGUCAUUCUAACAUUUUUGGCGGUAAUUGAGCCUAACUAAAUGCCUCCUUCAAUUAUUUGACAGCACCUCAUUUUAUUCGUUUAAAUCAACGGAUAUAAAACCAUCUAACAAUUAUAAUUGCUAGUUGAUAUUUUUAAACAUGACACUUAUUGAUAUUGACCCAACUGUGAAAACCUCGGCGCCUCGCUGGGGUUCGAACCCACGCAGUAAGGGGAAGGCUUUAGCGCAGCCAACGCUCUAACCACCUGAGCUACGAGGCCCCGCCGGACGACGUGAGUUGAAUCACAUUUGGGUCAAGUUAUCCGCCUAAUAUGAAUUAUUCAAAAUUCACCAAAACAUCAAUGAAUUACGCGAGCCUGGUAGUCAUCUGGCGGAUUCUAGGUGAAUUACUUAGGAAAUCCUGCUUGGGCAGUCAACUUACUGUAUCAGCUUUGGUGGAUUCCAGACGUUGCAGUAGGUUGGGCGGGUAACUUAACCCAAAUGUGAUUAAACUCACGUCGUCCGGCGGGGCCCCGUAGCUUAGGUGGUUAGAGCGUUGGCUGCGCUAAAGCCUUCCCCUUACUGCGUGGGUUCGAAUCCCACCGAGGCGCCGAGUGUUUCACAGUUGGGUCAAUAUAAAUUAUUCAAAAUCUGCCAAAACAUAAAUGAAUGACACUUAUUUUGGCUGAAAAGUCACAGCAUUAACACCGUGGCAAUUUUGGCUGUCAUUUAGGACAUUCUUACAUUAACCUGUUUUCACCUGUUUUUAAACUUGGGUCAUCAUAAAAGUGGUUAGGGGCAUUCUCGGCAUUCUGAUCAGCCUUUUAUUUGACUUGCUAAUAAUUAGGUACACCGGUAUUAUGUUCGGCCUGGUGUUUAGUCUUCAAGCAUUGAUUUUCUGUUCUAAUCGCGCGAAGUCGGAAUCCUCACAACCCAUCAAUUGUAAUACUUAAAAAUGUAUAGAUGUGUGUAUAGUUUUCCAGCAGCCUGGGCACCUUUUGAUGAGGAUAGGAAGGCAGACGAUGCUAUACGGUCGCGCUCACACGGGAGGGUGCAUUCUCCUUUAGCUGCCUUCAACCUACCGUCAUGUCAUACAGUAGGUGGGCUUACUCAUGAAAUGUCAACCGAAAUUCCGAAGUGUGUUUUCGUUUCGGAAGGAAUAAUUAAGCAGGUUUGUAAAACAAGUCAGCCUACAAUAUGAUUCUAUAAUAAUUCGGCUACCUUAGGAUACUGGCUUUUAAACGAACUUCGUACCAGCUGCAUACAAAAUGCAAACUGAGUAAAAAAUGACUACAUAUAUGGCAUGCAUUUUUCUUAUUGAUUUUCGAUACCUCCAAAAGUCCGAUUAUACUUCAAGGAAAACAUGCACGACGAUAUUUAUUCUUUCGCUCAUUCAGUAGAAAAUGACGUUCUCUUCCAGUUAUAUACUCGAAGAAAGGGAAUUAUUCGGUUUUCAAAAACGUUUCUAAUUCCCGAAUAAUUUUGAACCCGCUCUGCACCACACAUGAAUUCAGGGUUUCCACACUACAAGCUAUGUAUUUUCCGCAUACGGAAAACCAUAUAUUUCUUUGCGAUAUUGAGAGGAUACUAUAUAGGGUUCAUAAAAUUUAACAUUGGAUUUGAUCCAUAUUGUUAACUUUACAAGCCACAUUGGUAAAUGCAGAGACAUGACGUUUUAUGAAUGGCCAUCAUGUUAUAUAAGUCUCCCAAUCAGAAACUUUUUAAAACCGAAGUAUGUCCCUCCUUCAAGUAUAAAAUUGAAAGAAGGUGUAAUUUUCUACCGAGUGAACAAAAGAGUAAAUAUCUUUGUGCAUGUUUUCCGUGAAGUAUGAUCGGACUUUUAGAGGCAUCGAAAAUCAAUUAGAAAAAUGCGUGCCACAUAUGUAGUCAUUUUUUACAAAGUAUAGUUUUUAUCUGCAGCCGAACUGAAGUUUUUUCGAAUGCCGGCGCUCUGGGGUAACUGAAUUAUUACAAAAUUAUGCUGCAAAAUGAUUGGUUUUAUAACCCUACUUAAAUAAUCUUUUCGAAACGAAAACGCAUUUCGGAAUUUCGGUCGACCUUUCAUGAGUUAGACCACCUACUGUACAUUUAGAGAAUAACUGUAGAAACUGUGGUAUCAGAAAGCCAGAAAACGUGUUGCACUGCUUCCAUUUUAUGCCUUUCGAGUUUGCUAACGAGCAACUUCCAGAUUUGUGAGCAAUUAAGUGCCUUCAGCUUAAUGUAAGUUCAUAUUAUCGAGUAUUUGCACGUUGUUCUUCUCAAAGAGCGUCGCAGAAAAACGGGCAGGUAACAGCCAAAGUUUGUUGUUUGUUUUAGUGAACUCAAAGCAGGUCCCACUGUGUCAGAGCCAAGAGCGUGAAACCUACUGAUAGAAGUGAACAGGCGAGUUCCAGGUAGCAGUUCAGAAGACGAAGAUGCGAUCACUGGAACAAAAAAUUUACUGGCCUGACGUUUCGAAUUCUUACUCGAAUCCAUCCUUCAUCUGCGAAUUUCUCUGAUGAUGGAUUCGAGUGAGUAUCCGAAACGUCAGGCCAAUAAGUGUCUUCUUCCAGUGAUCGCAUCUUUGCCUCCUGAGUUUGAAGCCUGUCAUGAGGUCAUUGUUGGAUUAAGCCAGCGAUGCCUAACAUUCUCCCAAGUUUAGGACCAGGUUAGGCCUUCAGGUAGCAACCUUCUAAUAGGCGAUACCUAGUAUGCCAAGUCUAUCUGGCGUAGUUUAGAGAGAAUAGUGAGUACAGGCCUGAACGCAUUCACUUGUCCCUCCUCAGUCGCCUGCAACCGUCAAGUUCGAAGCAGAAUGACCGAUGAUGAGAUCAGACUUGGUAGCGGCCGUGACAUAGGUCUUCGUCUACUGCGUUGCGUACCUCUUUUUGAGCCUUAUAAAAAUCUAAUGCAUCAACACAUUUAGUGUGACAGUAGAAUUAUUUCAUUAACAUUUCGGGAAUGAUGAGCAAACUUAAUAGACUCUAAAGGUCUUUUUACAUCAACCUGUACGUUUAUCCGCUUAACUUGUUUUGGCAAUUUUGCCAGAGUGCUUAAACUAGUUUAGCAUAGGGUAAUCUGGUCAGAUGAUAGCCUGAUGGCUAAGGGACUCUCUUUUUGUUAGUUCUGCCGUGAUACGGACUCUGGUUCUGCCGUCACUAUAAAUACUAAACUGUCGUUGACAAAAUAUUGAAUACGCUGUCCAAAUAAUAAAGAGAAUUGAAUUUUCAAAAGCAGUUCAUUUGCUGAUAAACUACAAUCAUAUUGACCAGAGUACAGAUUUUCGUUUGGAAAAGGCUUUCGGUACUUGUGGACAUUCAGUUGUCUGCUGGGCUGAAUAAACGGGAGAAAGGACAGGACCUGGUCGGCAUCCUUUGGAAACUUCAAGCACUUUUUUAUUACCAUCUAUUUUCGAGUAUUUGGCAACUUUCAGUCGAAGGAGACUUCUACUAGGUUGCACAAUAAACAGGAAAUGGACCUCUGUAUCACUCAAAAGAGCUAAACGGGCAAUAGGACUUUCGCUAUUUGAUUAACCCCGUGUUAUUAGAUUCCCAGUCGCUUGUUCUUUCUAGAUGAUCUGAAACAAACGGAAACGGGUGGCUAUUCAAACGCUCACCGAUAA